CCCCUGGAGCACUUGAUCGAGCAGCUUGGCGCCGCCAUUGUAAGAAAAGUCUUUGUGGAAGGAGGAGAAUAGGUUGCAAUCGAUGCUGGUAAAGGCUUGUGUGAACUUCAGGUUUCAUUAUAUACGCAUCGCGUUCUGCUACUUCAGACGCCAGCAAAGAGUGAUACUUCUGCUCAAAAGCAACAGAAGUAAAAGCUUGAGCAGAUUGGAGCACAGGCUUAACUCAUCUUUUAAAUUGACAAGUCUGUCAUAAUGGGAAUGCAUAGCUAAGCUGCUAGCUAGCUAGAUCAAGAUUCGCAACAAUGGCGGUACAAAUGCCAAGGAUACGGAGUCGUGAUAUAGAAGAAAAUGGUGAAGAACUAACUCAAAAAAUUAAUGGUACUCUUUCAACUGCAAAGUUUGCAUCAGUGAACUCAGCUGUCAAUAAGGUCUGUAGAGUUUUUCUAGAGCCUGGUUUUGAAAGACUACAGAGCUUUUUGAAGACCAUGAAAAUCUAUUAUGGAGUUUUAUCUAUAGGACUGAGUUCCAAAAAGAAGAUUCUUGACCGCCAGGCAUUAGUCCAGCAAAGGUGGAAUGAAAUGCUUCUUGUUCUCUGUGUCAUCGCGCUCUCGCUCGAUCCUUUGUUUUGUUAUGUCCUUGUGGUUAAUGAUGAGAAGAAGUGUCUUCGAUUGGACAGAACUUUAGGAGUUAUAGCCACUGUUCUGCGAUUCAUUGUGGAUUUCUUUUAUGUGUUUUACAUUAUUUAUCAGUUUCGUGUUAGCGUUGUCACUCUUUCUUCUCAUUCAUCAAAAGAAGGUGAACUGGCUCCACACACUCAGGCAAAAGCGUGGAGAUAUUUGUUCUUGUUCUUCAUAUUUGACAUCCUUGUAGUUCUUCCACUCCCACAGGUGAUAGUUUAUGGUAUCAUUCCAAGAUUGAAUAACUCGAGGGUUUUCCAUGCAACACAGGCAUUGUACUUCAUAGUUAUCUUUCAAUAUGUGCUAAGGGCUCUCCGAAUCUGCUCAUUGUUGAAUGAGGCUACAAGGUCUUCUGGCAUUCUCGCUGAAACUGCAUGGGCUAAAGCUGCCUUUAACCUUUUUCUUUAUCUGCUUGCUAGUCAUGUUGUUGGAGCCUUCUGGUACUUCUUUUCGAUAGAAAGGAAAGCAUCUUGCUGGCGAAAAUCCUGUAAAAUUUAUGCUACCGCUCACUGUUCAUUAUAUUGUGAUGAUACUUUUGGAGCUAACACAUUUCUGAACGACUCUUGCUCUCUAAAGACACCAAAUUCCACAUUUUUUGAUUUUGGAAUAUACCAUGGUGCCCUUGAAUCUGGUGUCAUUGAAUCAACAGAUUUCGUGACAAAGAUCUCUUACUGCUUUUGGUGGGGACUGCAAAACCUGAGUUCCCUGGGUCAAAGCCUCAAAACAAGUACCUAUCUGUGGGAAGUCUACUUCUCAGUUUUUGUUUCACUUUCUGGAUUGAUACUGUUUGCAUUUCUCAUUGGAAAUAUGCAGACAUUUUUGCAAUCAAAAACAGUAAGGCUGGAGGAAAUGAGAUUGAAGGGACAAGAGAUAGAGUUGUGGAUGGCGUUCCAUUCCCUUCCUCGGAAGCUCAAGAAGCGAAUAUGGAAAUUCCAGAAAUACAAAUGGCAAGAAACUAGAGGUGUUGAUGUGGAGAGUUUUCUUCACAAUCUUCCCCGGGACAUCAGAAGGGAAACAAAGAAGCAUCUAUGCUACGGUCCACUCAGUAAAGUUCCUAUGCUUCAAAAUAAGGAUCCACGAUUGCUUGAUGCAAUAUGUGAUCAUCUAAAACCAGUGCUUUACAUAGAGCAUAGCUUCAUACUCCGGAAAGGAGACCCUCUUGAUGAGAUGUUGUUCAUCACUCGCGGCAAGGUAUGGACUUACACAACAACGAACAGUGCAGGCGCUGAUUGUCUCGAAAAGGGUGACUUCUAUGGCCAAGAACUUCUUGACUGGGUACUUAAAACUUAUUCUAAUCCCAACCUAUCCAACCUUCCCUUCUCAACUGAAACAGUGCAAGCACAUACUAAAGUAGAAGUGUUUGUUAUAAAAGCCAAUGACUUGAAGAAUGUGGUCUCCAAGUUUUGGUGGCUUUUCCCCAGCUCUGUUAUGGAGCAAUCACGCAAACCAAGGGCAGCUCAGGCUUUGCAAGCGGCAUGGCGCCGUUAUAAACAGCUUCAAAAGACUCCCCGGUCUAAGGAUGGCAGUGUUUCUCGCACUGAAAAUUCUGCAAUCUCAUAACCUGUGUGGCAUCGAUCAUACAGAUGCGCACAUUAGUUCAAGAUAACAUUUUAUACAACCCGUCAGGAACAUGCAGAAUCAGUUUGUUUGGUCUGAUUUGGUAAUGAAA